GGGCGCUGUUUGGCUGACUGAGGAUCGAUGAUCGAGCGAAAAUGACACAAACAAAAUCCAGCAGGAAAAGAAAUCGUGACCUGGAAGAGGAGACAGACCUCUUACCUUCACCUAAGAGAAAUGACUUCAACCUAAAUAGUGCUCUUCUUAGCAAUAAUCAUUUAAAUGGUUUAAAUGGAACUGAUGAAUUGGACGACUCAAGAAGAUAUUUACAGCAGAAUGGCGCUUGCUUCAACGGCCAAUCAGCUGCAGCCGCUCAACCACACUGUUCAUCGGAUCAAAAUCUCGCGUCUUCCGUUCCACCACACCACGUCAACGGCCACUUGCCAUCGCCGCACAAUAAUAAUCCACAACAUAUAAACUCAGUAAACAUAGACUCCUCCACAUGCACAGCACUCAGUAACCUGAAUCUCGUCUCCGGGGAACACGGGGAUACGCCCAGUGAGGAACCCACGGGUGAAUGCGCCCAUUACGAGACGGUCAACAGGGUUCUACGUAACGCCCACUUUGCAAGGCUAGAAAGAAUGAAUGGUACGUUUAGGGAAGACACAUAACCAUCAUUUAAUUGGGGGUAGAAAUGUAGACUUUAAAAUCAAAGUUAGAAUCUAGACUAGUGCAAUCUGGUUUGGGCAUUUUCAUGCAAGGGCGCCCUCUAUGCAAAGAUGUGGCUGCUCAUAGGUCAACGAACACGUACAAACUAGCUGAAGUAAACAACUAUUUUAUCUUUCCACCCAAAAGGCACACAGAAAGACAAAUUAUGUUGCAUUAAAUGUUGUAGCUACGAUGGGAGGUGGUGGGCGUGCCUGCUCAGGAGGCACAGUGUUUUCCCAGCACUCGGAGCAAAAUACAUUGUGCCGUCCAGUACAGAUUUCAAAGUGUUGUACAUUUGUACAUUGGUCUGAGACACGAUAGUAAUCAAAUGUCACAGAGAAAGGAGACAGUCAAACUAACUUUAAACUUUCAAAUGUCACAGAGAAAGGAGACAGUCAAACUAACUUUAAACUUUCAAAUGUCACAGAGAAAGGAGACAGUCAAACUAACUUUAAACUUUAUGCAUGGCCCCAAAAGAACUUGAUUUGUCACAAGUUGUUUCUUGUUGCAGGUAACAUAAAUAUUUAUAUGCGUGGCUUCGAAAUGCUUUCCUUAAAUCCACAAAAACUAAAAGAAGACCUUAGUACUGAUGAUUACAGUUUGGGGCAAUAGCGACGAUGGUCUUUGUUGCCUCAAGGGUGCAAUUUAAUAGAGCUGAUAAGCACACAAAUUUGCUUAAUAGCAUGACAUUUUUGCCAUGAUAAAAACAUGAUU